ACCAGGAGGAGGCAAACCAGAGUCAUUGAAACAUUGCUCUUCUGAUAGUCGAAGAAGAACCUGCUUAGCUGAGCAAAAUGGCUGACGUUGAGAUGGACAUCAUGUCCAGAAGAAUGAAUAAUGGCAACGAGCACGUAAAGCAAGACCUCGAAAUACAUGAAAGAAGUGGAAAUGAGGACAGCGGAGACUUGUCAGAAGAAGAGGGGGAAGAGGAACAAGCCGGAACUAAUGGUGAGAAGACUGAGGAAGGGUCCAAACAUCACAGCAGCAGCAGCGGGAAACACAAGAGGAAAAAACACAAGCAUCGCAGCAAGCACAAAAAGCACAAACACGCAUCCGAGGAGGACAAGGACCGCAAACGCAAGCAUCGUCAUAAACAUCGGAAACAUAAACGCAAAGAGGUCUCCUCCCCCACCGCUGAAGUCCCCUUUGGCUCCUCCAGCCACAAGAAGGGGGAAUCUUCUCCGUCCUCCGGAAAUCCAAGUCUGGACGAUCGGGCCGUGUUGGAGGAUCUAGAGAAACAGAGGGCUAUGAUCAAAGCUGAACUGGAUAGCCAGUUAAUGGAGGGAAAGGUUCAGUCCGGCAUGGGUUUGAUCCUUCAGGGGUAUAACUCUGGGUCUGAGGAGGACGGAGAUGCAAGGUUUAGGAAUGGAGAACAGCGUCCAAAGGGCAGCUCAGGUAAACUCAUAUCUCCCAGAGGGGAAAAAAUUGGAAAAUCUAGAAGGGACUCAACAGAUGGCAGUAAAUCCAGUUCAAAGCGUCGCAGUCGGAGUAAGUCUGCAGAUAAACCUGCGAAGGAGGCGAAGUCUGACAAGGGGACCAAAAGCAGCAAGGAGGCUGCUGUUAAAGACCGAGCCCGUGCAAGGAGCAGAUCAAAGGACAAGAAACAGUCAGGCAGCGCAGAUAACAUCAAGGAGAAAAGGAAAUCUAAUUCUCCUUCCAGCUUUAGGAAUGAGCAGAAAGUCGGUCGCCCUGACAAACGUUCUUCUCCACAGCGAGAAGACAGACCAAACCAGGAAAGAACGAGCCGACGAUCCCGAUCGCCCGUACGAGAACGGCCGAGCCGCUCAGACGGCGAACGGGACAAACGGCCAGCAAAGUCACCAUCCAAGGACACUUCACUGGGAAAAGAGAACCGCUCCCCUCACAGGAGGGGACCCCACAGCCCAAUGAGGAAACGCAGCACUUCCCCUCGCCACAGAGACACCCACCACACCUCUGCCAGUGCCUCAGACAGGACCUCAAAACAUUCUCCAUCCAGAAGGUCCCCGCCCAGGAGAGCACGCAGCCGCUCGCCAGAGGCCAGGAGGAGGGAAUCAGACAGACAGGACUCACCUCUGAGAAAGCGAGUCCGGGCAGAUGCCGGACCACUCGGAGACAGAUCACGUCCCAGGUCGUCUUCUCGUCGCAGAAUGAGUCGCUCACCUCUAAGGAGGAGGUCUCCGUCGCUGCCACGACGUUCUCGCUCCUCACCUCGGAGGCGAAGCAGGUCUCCACUGAGACGCAGGUCUGGUGACAGAGACAGGUAUGGAAGACUCCGGCAGUACCGACGCUCAAUGUCCCGGGAUCGGGAGAGGAGAAGACGGCGCAGCAGAGAUGAAGAUAAGUUCAAAGGAAGCCUUUCAGAAGGCAUGAAACUUGACCAAGAGUCCUCAGAAGGUGAAAUGUUGGAAGACUUUGAAGGUGAGGAGAUAGAUGAAGAAGCUCUUAUUGAGCAGCGCCGUCAGCAACGUAUGGCCAUUGUCCAGAAAUACAAGACAGCAAACGAGGAGUCCAACAUGGUGUCGGAGCCCAGCAGCCCACAGAGCAGCACCCGUAGCCGAUCGCCCUCACCCGAUGACAUCUUGGAGCGAGUCGCUGCAGACGUCAAGGAGUACGAACGGGAGAAUCUCAACACGUUCGAGGCCAGCAUCAAAGCCAAGCACAACCUCAUCGCCCAGGAGAAAGACGCUGCCAACCCAAAGAAGCCUUCGGCCCCCGACAUGUUUACAGAGUCAGAUGACAUGUUUGCUGCUAAUUUCGAUAGUGCCAGAAUGAGAGCAGCAGGUGUAGGAAAGGACUUCAAGGAGAACCCCAACCUGAGGGACAACUGGACCGAUGCUGAGGGUUACUACAGGGUAAACAUUGGUGAGACGUUGGACAAGCGCUAUGAUGUGUACGGCUACACAGGCCAGGGUGUGUUUAGCAACGUGAUCAGAGCCAGGGACACUGCCAGGGCUGGCCAGGAGGUGGCAGUCAAGAUCAUCCGAAACAACGAGCUCAUGCAGAAGACGGGUUUGAAAGAGUUAGAAUUCCUCAGGAAGCUGAAUGACGCUGAUCCCGACGACAAGUUCCACUGUCUUCGCCUUUUCCGCCACUUCUACCACAAGCAGCAUCUUUGUCUUGUUUUUGAGCCUCUGAGCAUGAAUUUGCGAGAGGUGCUGAAGAAAUACGGCAAAGACGUCGGGCUCCACAUCAAAGCGGUGCGAUCGUACAGCCAGCAGCUCUUCUUGGCUCUCAAGCUGCUCAAACGAUGCAACAUCCUCCAUGCUGACAUCAAGCCAGACAACAUCCUGGUGAACGAAUCCAAAACCAUCCUGAAGCUCUGUGACUUUGGGUCUGCAUCACAUAUUGCUGACAAUGACAUCACACCAUAUCUAGUCAGCCGAUUUUACAGGGCUCCGGAAAUUAUCAUAGGCAAACCUUAUGACUACGGCAUCGACAUGUGGUCUGUUGGCUGCACUUUAUACGAGCUGUACACCGGCAAAAUCCUGCUUCCUGGAUCUUCCAACAAUCACAUGCUCAAGCUGGCGAUGGACCUCAAGGGCAAGAUGCCCAACAAGAUGAUUCGUAAAGGCUUGUUUAAAGACCAGCACUUCGAUCAAAACUUGAACUUCCUGUACAUUGAAGUAGACAAAGUGACUGAAAGGGAGAAAGUGACUGUAAUGAGCACUAUCAACCCCACCAAAGACCUGCUGGCAGAACUGAUAGGCGGUCAGCGACUGCCUGAGGACCAGAGGAAGAAGGUCAUGCAGCUGAAGGACCUGUUGGAAAGCACGCUGAUGCUGGACCCGGCUAAGCGCAUCAGCAUAAACCAGGCUCUGCAGCACCCCUUUAUCCAGGAGAAAAUCUAACCCCCUGAUACACUCCAGGAGCCGACAGGACAGAAGCGACCACUAAACCAGCUCUAUGGGACUCUGCAGCGAGGCGGCUGACCUCUACAAACUUACAGAAUGUCAUUGUUGGUUUUGUCCCCCCUGUUCUAGGUUACGUGUUUGACUGUAAAUAGAUCGCUGAAACAGUAGCCAUUCUCCACACGCUGAUUUUCUUUUGGUUUUCAUCGUAAAUUUUCCCCUCAUACACUGCAAUGCAGUGACAGACUUUUUAUUUAACUGGCACUGGAGUUACAGAGGUUUAAAAGAAAACUAUAAUUCCUGUAAAUACUUUGUCUAUUGUAUCAACAAUAUCAAGCAGCAGACAGCGGAAUUUUGUCGUAGAAGCAGACGUCAUGUUUUGUUUUUACCUCACUGUGGGAUGAUGCAUGCUUUUUGAAUGUGUGCCCUCUGUACUCUGUAUGUGGUGCCAGCCUGUGUAAAUGCUCCGUGUCUGUAAAUCCUGCGUCUCACCUGUAACGGUGAACCUCACCAACGUGAUCCCCACGCCCUCAGACACUGUUGCCUGAACUGAAGGAAAAGAUGCAAAACAUGCAUUCUAGAUUCAUUUUAAAUUGACUGUUUUUUUUGGUUUUGUUUUAAUCUUUUUCCUUCCUCCCUCUCCUGCACUCUGACUACAUCUCGGCUCUAAAGGCUCUCACAUUCAAGUGCCUCCUGUAUGAGCCUGGUGUUUUAAGCACCAAACAAUGCUGGCCUAUGGAAGCCACACCUGUUACCCUCCCUCUCCAAACGUUGUGUAUAAUAGUCCACAGUUACGGUCCUUUCCUGUAUCUUUAAUUUGUUUCUUUACAUCCGGUGGUAAAACCAAUCUUGUGAUUUCAAUAAAAAAUAAUUGUGGAAACGCUGCUGAAAGAGCACCUUCAGUAUCAAAUGGCUUUUUAGUAAUAAAAUGUUUCCCAUUAUAAACAA